AGUGAGACUUACCACGUGGUAGUGAAAGCAGCUCAAAGAAACUCCUGACUCCUAGAUAUCUCUUGGCUUUUUGAUAGUAGCUAGUCACUAACAGAAGGUCUAACACACGAUCACCAUGAGGGGAAAGAAGAGAGAACUUACUGACAUGCCUGACGAUGAGGGAGAGUGGUCCAAGCCUAAACGAAUGAAGUCCUCCAGCUCUACUGAAGGGGAGGAGGAAUCACGUGAUGUCACGCCCACUGAUAACCUCCCUGACCCGAACGCAGAGCACAAGAAAUUGGGAAAAUUGUCAAAAUUUCGAAUCUCAAAAGUCACUCGUAAAAAGCUCAAAGAGAAGGGGAUGCGAUUUCUGUUUCCCAUUCAAUACAAGACCUUUGAUCAUGUGUAUGACGGCAGGGAUGUGAUUGGUCAAGCUAGAACAGGGACGGGGAAAACCCUCUCAUUUGUCUUGCCCCUCCUGGAGAAAUUAAUAAAAGAAGGAAUCUCUAAUAACCGGGGACGCCCCCCCAUGGUGCUCGUUAUGGCUCCGACACGAGAACUGGUCAAUCAGGUCCAUGAAGAGGUAAAGGCGUUGGCUGGAGAGGGUGUGGCUUCACACUGUGUGUACGGGGGGUCACCUUACGGCCCUCAAGAGUCGGCCAUGAGGAAUGGACUGGAUAUUGUCGUGGGAACUCCCGGGAGAAUACUGGAUCACAUGAGACGUGGGCUCCUCAAACUAGGGCAGCUCAAGCACGUUGUGUUGGACGAGGCAGACCAGAUGUUAGAGAGAGGGUUCGCAGAGUCCGUGGAGGAGAUACUGGCUGCUUCAUUCGAAAACUCUACGGAGGGGGACAAGCCACAGCUGUUGCUCUUCUCUGCUACUGUUCCUAGUUGGGUACAAGACACGGCCGACAGAUACAUGUCACAAGACAAGGUUCUAGUGGAUCUGAUUGGACAACAGAGCUUACGUACUGCAGUGACUGUAGAGCACUUAGCAAUCUGUUGUCCUUAUGCUGAAAGGCCCUCCACCAUUGCUGAUGUUAUUCAGGUGUACAGUGGAGCACAUGGUCGCACAAUGAUCUUCUGUCCUACUAAGAAAGAGGCUAAUGAAAUGGCCCUCAGCUCGUGCCUGAAACAGGAUUGUCAAGUACUCCAUGGAGACAUACCCCAGAGGCAGAGGGAGAUCACCCUCAAGGGUUUCCGAGAGGGCAAAUAUCAGGUGUUGGUUGCUACGGACGUAGCCGCUCGAGGACUAGACAUCCCUGAGGUGGACCUUGUCGUACAGUGUGAGCCUCCAAAGGAUGUAGAUGCGUACAUUCAUCGCAGUGGGCGUACAGGCCGUGCUGGUCGCACUGGAGUGUGUCUACUCUUCUACAAGCCUCAACAAGAGCACCUCGUGAAACAGGUGGAAAGGAUAGCUGGUAUCAGCUUCCAGAGGAUAGGAGCUCCUCAACCAGUCGACAUUAUCAAGGCUGGGGCCAAAGAUUCCAUUAGAUCUUUGGACAGUAUCCCCGAGAGUGUGUUGGCAUUGUUUCGUGAGGCCGCUACCCAGCUGAUUGAUGGGCGUGGCGCUAUAGACGUGGUGGCAGCUGCUCUAGCACACAUGUCCGGAGCCAAAGAGAUUACAUCACGAUCUCUUCUCUCCUCUCAUCAAGGAUACACAACGUACCACAUGUGUGGUGAUCAGGAUAUCCGUGGUGUCAGCUAUUUCUGGAAAAUACUGGAACAAAGCCUUCCUCUGCAAGUCAAGGAGGCGGUCAAGGGCAUGAGGAUGUGCGCAGACAAUAGGGGUGUGGUCUUUGACCUCCCCUCUGAACUGCAGGACAUUGUGCAGGAGAACUGGACGGAUAGUUACGUCAAGUUGACCACACCCACUGUACUCCCAGAGUUGAAGGAGAGACAGCCAGAUUUCUACGACAGAAUGCAGUCCAAUCAAGCUAACAGGAGGUUUGGUGGUGGGGGGUCGUUUGGUCGUGGUGGUGGGGGGUCUUUCGGUCGUGGUGGGUUUCGUGGUCGUGGUGGAUCGAGGGGCGGAGCCAGUAGCUACAAUGGAGAGAGAAGAGGAUUUAGAAGACAUUAAUAACUGAAACACCGUAUUACAAACACUGCAAUUAUAAACAUUAAUAUUAUAUUUAUUGUUGAUGAUAAUUAAUAAUUUGUGUGG